ACGCACCGGUUUCCGGUGUUAUGGCGACCACCGGCGCCGGCAACGCUUCACUUCGGCGAAAAUUAAGUUGUGUUUUCAGUUUUCAGCAGCCCACAUGCAUGCCAGUGUGAUUCCUGCUAUGCUGCUCUUGACAGUGUUGGAUAUAGUCUUUUAUGCUGCUGUGGUCACCAGUGAGAACAGCAACCACAAGCAAUCAGCACCAAUGUUCAACUACAGCAGCAUUUCCCUGGCGCCGGAUCACAUACCUUACUUUCUGUACAACAACAAGAAGGUCGCCAAGCAGUGCAAGCUUGACCCCCUCUGUCCUUUUAAACAGUUUGCCUUGCUGAAUUUGUCUUCCUGUUGGGGUUAUGAGAAGAACUGUGAUCCAGAGAAGCGCUUCAGCUAUCCCAUUUGCACCAAAGUUGACUCUGGCUGGGUACAUUCACUGGAAGCAGCGCAGGAUCUUUUCUGGAAGCAGGCUGAUUUUGGCUACAUCAAGGAGCGCCGCUCUGAGCUCAAAACACUUUGCAAGGCCAGCAAGCCUGGGGACUCCUCUUUGAGAUGCACUAGUCAUGCAAGAUUCUGUAAGGCAACUAACCUUUACCUGGACUUGCAGAAACCACGCAGAAGUCAUGAAAGGUACAAGGAGGACUUCAUUCAGAAAGGUGAGAUUGGUGGUCAUUGCAGACUCAACAAGCAAGCACUUGAGGCAGCAGGAGAGCACAAGAGCCCAUUGCAGUCUUGGUAUGCCGAGCUUCAAACAUACACAGAGUUGGAGUUUCAUCCCUUACAUUCUGAAUCCUGUGACGUCAUAAUAGAAAAACCCACAGUUUUCAUGAAACUGGAUGCUGGGGUGAACAUGUACCAUCAUUUCUGUGACUUUGUCAACCUCUACAUAUCCCAGCACAUUAACAACUCCUUCAGCGCUGACAUCAACAUAAUUAUGUGGGACACGAGUUUUUAUGAAUACGGAGAUUUGUUCAGGGAAACAUGGAAGGUCUUCUCACAAUCUGAUAUCAUUCACCUAAAGACCUAUGAUUCUAAAAAAGUAUGUUUCAAAGAUGCCUUUUUCUCCCUUCUCCCAAGAAUGAGAUAUGGUCUCUUUUACAACACACCACUUGUCUCUGAUUGCUCCAGUGAAGGGAUGUUUCGGGCAUUCUCCCAACAUGUCCUCCAUCGUCUGAACAUACUGCAGAAUGGACCCAUGGCGGGACGUGUUCGUGUCACCUUGCUGGGACGCAGUACAGAAUACAGAAGAAUAAUAAACCAAAAUGAGCUUGUAAAUGCGCUUAAAACAGUGCUGCAGCUGGAGGUCAGCGUGCUUGACUACAAAUACAAGGAUGUUCCGUUCCCUGAGCAGUUGAGGAUCACUCACAACUCGGACAUCUUCAUCGGAAUGCACGGGGCAGGACUUACACAUCUACUCUUCCUACCCGACUGGGCUGUGGUCUUUGAGCUGUAUAAUUGUCAGGAUGAGGGUUGCUAUCGAGAUUUGGCCCGGCUGCGGGGCAUUCGCUAUGUGACUUGGCACAAAAUGGACAAAGUGUUACCCGAGGACAAGGGCCACCACCCAACACUCGGAGACCAUCCCAAGUUCACCAACUACUCCUUUGACGUGGAGGAAUUCAUGCGCCUUGUGCUGGACGCUGCAGAUUACAUCACACAGCAUCCCAAAUGGCAGCGUUGUAACAUGCGUGAUGAACUGUAGAGUCCUUGAGUGGGUAAACAAAAUAAAUAAAUGACAUGAAAGUAGCUGACAUCAGUGGACAUAGUGACAUUGGUCCUGAGAGUUUUGCCCCCUCCCGCCCAAAAAAAUCUAAUUCUCUGUGGUCUAAGAAUUUGCUACAUUCUGUUGCCUGCUUUAGUAAGUCCUGAUGAGUGAAAUCUGUACACCAGGCAGCUCAAAUGAGAUGUAAGCAGUUGACACAUCUGGAGAACUGCAAGGAGUACUUCUUCAUUACUCUACCAUGACUGCUUAAUUCCACAUGGAUAAAGUUGGCUAAUGAGCAGCUGUUCCAGUGUCCCGUAACAUGGGGCCUGUUGUUACUUUUGAUUCGUGUCACCUUGAUUCGAGACUCCUCUGAGCUGUUGACGUUGACACCUGAGAAACAAGAAUCCAUUAGCAAUAUAUCAGCGUCAUAGAAUAGGAUUGUGCUACAUUGUGACACAGAAGGGUUCUGUUUUAUCAGGACAGUGAACCCCCACUAUUUGCGGUGGACAGCAACUAAGCCCUGCUGAUAAUAGCUAAAUGUUUUUUAAUUGCCUGUAGAUGUCACAAGUUGGCAGGAAAGGACUACUUUUGUGUAAUUGAAGCUUUCCACUCAUUUCAUUGUUCCUUGGCACCAAGAUGUCACCAGAUGGCGCCAGAGCAAUACUGUUAUUGCGUUGGCCUAAGCACAAAAACAGCAAGUAGGUGAGUUCUUAAGCAAAUCACAGCGGAUAGGUUAAUAAAAACUAAGAAUGUAAAUACUCAAAAAACUCCAGUAAAAUAUUUGUUUUAAAGCAUUGAACAUUGGGCUCGCACAUCUGUCUCACAGUCGAGAGGUCAUCAGUUCGAUUCUGGGCUCCGGCCUUUCUGUGUGGUGUUUGCAUGUUUCCACCAGUUAGUUUUCUCGUCUACUCCAGCUACCUCCCACAUUCCAAAAACAUGCAUGACAGGUUAGUUGAAGACUGGAUAGCCCAUGUGAGCUGCGCUAGGCUACAGCUCACCCGCGACCCUAAUGAGCGCUAUAGAAAAUGGAUGGAAGGAAAGUUGGACACUCCAAUCCCAAUUUAGUCAGCUUAGUGCUUAAAUGUAUCAGACAGAGUUUUAAUUGAUUUUUAUGUGUAUUUAUUUUCUGUUUAGGUAAUUUUUCUUUCAUAUGGCGUAGAUACUGAGUCUUUUUACACUUGGUUCCCUUUAGCCAUUUAUAGAAAUGAAGUCUUUGAAAUAAUGGUUAAUGCGGAGUGUAGUUUUUCUCAAAGCCUUUUUUUGGGGUACUAUCGAGAUUUUCAAAUGUAGGUUAACUGGCACAUUACACACAGAAAUAGCACCAUUUUCUUGCACUCUACUGCUAUAAUAUUGGUAUUUUGCAUGACCUUGAUAUUGUAUUUAUCAAAGAAGCAAUAGUCAACUGUGGAACAGUUUGCUGGUCUGAAGUUUUAUGUGAAAAAUGAAACAUUUUCAAUAAAAAAAAAUAAAAAAUUUCAAAGUAC